AUGACUGAAUCGUUGUUUGAUACCAAGUUCACCACCGAGGAAGGGAAGGGAAGUAAACAAGAUGAAUCCAAGAAACAAACAGAUAUUACUGAUGCUUCAUCUUCAGCAUUAACUGACGUCCCCGGUACUGCCACUACUGGUGCUGCUGGAGCUGCUGCUGCUGCAAAUAUUGCUAAAACAACUAGUGGGGAACACGACACUGAGUCGACCACACUCCCAUCAAUUGAUAAUACAACUCCAUCAUCAGCUCUCAUAAACUACAGAGUACUUGUAUCUGCCAAAGAAGCAGGAUGUCUUAUCGGACAAAACGGUUCAGUGAUUAACUCUAUUCGUGAGGUCACGAACACUAAGGCAGGAAUCUCCAAACUUCAAAACGGCUCCCAUGAAAGAAUUUUAACAGUCAGUGGAACACUUGAUGAUUGUUCCAAGGCACUUUCAUACUUUGCUCAAGCUUUAUGUAACUCAUCUUCAGAAAACUUAACGAACUAUAAUUUCUUCCCACUAAAGCAAUUGUCUUCAAUCCCUUGUAUUGAAGGAAAGACCACCAUUUUAAGACUAUUAAUUCCAAACCUGCAAAUGGGUACAUUAAUCGGAUCGAAAGGUUUAAGAAUUCAACAGAUUCAAUCCAAAUAUGAGAUAUCAAUGAUUGCCUCCAAGCUGUUUUUACCGAAUUCCAAUGAAAGAUUGGUUGAAUUGCAAGGUUCAGUGGAUAACUUAUAUGAAUCUUUAAGAAUCAUUUCCAGAUGUCUUAUUGAAGAUUUCAGUUCUAUUGUUGGAACUAACUACUACAUUCCAAAAGGCUACAAGAAAACUAGUGAUAGAAGUGCGCCCGGAUCUUCUUCCAGUACAGGAGGAGCACCUUCUUCUUCAGAAAAGGGUGGAUCUAAUAAUGGCAAACCAAAUUCAUCAUUGGUGAGCACUCAAGUGCCAUUUGCCAAUGACAUUGUUGGUGCAUUGAUCGGUAAAAGUGGAUCUAGAAUCCAAGGUGUAAGAAAAGUCAGUGGCGCUACUAUAGCCAUAUCGGAUGAAGUAGAAGGACUGAAUGAGAGAGUUUUCACGAUCAGCGGUACGUCGUACGCGGUCGAAAAGGCAAAAGAUUUGUUGUAUCAUAAUUUAGAGAGGGAAGAGCAAAGAAGAGCCGAAAUGAGUUAA